AUGAGCUCCCCAUCUUCUCGGAUCCCCUCGACUGACAACUCUCCGAACCCCAACCAGCGCCGACCAUCAAGUCGGAGAGAACCCGCAGAGCAAGCAUCUAACACCAAAAAUGCACCUAUCCCCGAUGAUGAGCAUGGUGCAGACCUACCAAUGACUAUGUCUGCGUCGGUGGUUCUCACUAGUUUGCCACGCGAUGCUCACCAAGCUUUGGCGGACGCCGAAGCCGUAGACACUGGUAAAGUCACCGUACGGUUUCAACCCCUACCUUCUGCGCCUAUUCUCAAGAACCGGGUGUUCAAGAUUAGCGCCUCGCAGAAGUUUGAGACAGUUGUCAAGUUUCUAAGAAAGAAGCUUGAUUGCAAGGACGCAGACUCAGUGUUCUGUUAUGUGAAUAGUGUUUUUGCUCCUGGUCUGGAUGAAGGUGUAGGGGGACUAUGGAGAUGUUUCAAAACUGACGACCAGCUGAUUGUGGCUUACUCGAUGACACCAGCAUUUGGUUGA